UUAGGGUAGAUUUGUGCGCUAUUUUCGAUGGCGGACGAUGUGUAAAUAAUCGUUCGACUCGACUCUUUGUGUGUUAAUGAAUGUAAUUAGAACAAAGCUAAUAAGAUGAGGCAAGACGCUUUCGAUGUAGGAUAUAGUGAGCGUGAUGCAGUCUUUAAUUAGGCUGUUAUUUAAUGACGUAGUAAAGUUUGGCAAUGGUUGCGAGAAUGGCUUGGUUUUAAUGGGCAGGAGAGAAAGAGAAGAUGAGAGAAGAUGCGGUGUACCGAUGCGGUGGUAAGAGCGAAUUUGUCGGAGGUGGCGGAGAUUCGGGCGAGGUGAAUGUCGGGUCCAGAAAUAACCUCGGGGCGCGAGGAAAACCGCGACGCGCCGGCUUCGCGGAAGGCGGCGGCGGCGGCGGUUGCUGCUUUCUGGGACGUGCGGAGGUGGAGGUGGCAGCAGUCGACGGAGCAGCGGCAGCAGGCAGUCAGUUUGCUGCGGGCAUGGCCGAGGAAUAUCCGCCGCACGUGUCGCGCGCCAAGGGCCGUUCGGCCUCGAUCUGCGCGACGAGUUCAACAAGUAUGGAAGUUUUGCCGCCGCCGCCGCUCCAGGGCGGCACUCCGGACACCGGGACGCCGGUCAGCCAACGGAGGAGGCGGCCGGCCGCCAGGUCUCAGAGCGCCCGUCUCACCGGGGGCCGAUCCAUCCGGAGGCGGGCAGCAGCCGCCGCCGCAGCUGCGACCAACAACACGGACACGGUCGUCUCCAAAGGGCACUGCACAAGCGAACCGAAGCUGGACCAGCCCGAAGCGACGCCGGACGUCUCUCCAAACAUCCGCAGGAAGGGCUCCACCAGACGUGGCACCUCCGUCUACCAUCGGAAGUCUGCGGCCUUCCUCGACGUGCCGGACAAUCGCACCAGCUACGGCUCCAACACAAACAACGAGGAGGACGAGGAUUCCUACCGUCUGC